UUUAGGUCUAUGAGUCUAUUCUCAUUACGUGCUAGCGGUAAAUGGUAAAACAGAGAGCGUAAAGUUGUGUCUCAAAAAAACGAAAUUAAAGCACUUCUGCAGAAGUCUCAAGUCAGUGUUUCAAAUACGUCGGUGCCACUGCGGUCAUCGCGUUGGGCCCAUGGCUAUAAUAGGGCUGUAUAUAACUUAGAUAGGGUAUGACAUGGCUAAAUCAUAGACCUAUUAAGAAAUAAUAUAUAGGUCCAUGGGCUAAAUAUACACGGGCAGAUCUGAGAAGAUCAGAUGGGCGAAUAUUUUGAUGGUGAUAAAUUAUAAUAAUAGUGAUAGCAAUCAUAGAUAACAUGCAAGAUAGUAGAGUUGAUAACGCGCAACGUGUAGUACACACUUUUAAAAGUUUCAACUGAGUUUAGAUUACUAUUGAACAUAGGUAGUAGGACACGGUACUAUUAGUGUUAGUACCAUAUUAUAAUAUUUAAUACUACACUAUUUCAGAGUAUAAAAUAUUAGAACAACUACAACUUACUGUUGUAUAAUGUAUUAAUGUGUUAACUAAAAAAUUUCAACGUUUUUGAUUUCAUUCAAUUUUAUAAAUUAUAUACAAAAUGAUGAAUGAGUCCCUGGAAACGGUAGAUUUAAAACCGAAUCACGAAACCAACACUGUUGCUGUGGAAGAAAAUGGAAAACGUCCAUUGGAUCAAUCGGAGGAUGCCUGUGAAAGUCAACCUAAAAUUUGUAAGCUAGACAAUGAAAGCGAUAACAACCAGUCCAACACCCUGUCAAAAAGGCAGUUAAAAAAGAUCCAAAAGCAACAGAUGUGGAUGGAGAAAAAAGCGAAACGAAGGGAAACAAAUAAAGAAAGGAAAGUAGAAAUGAAAAAAAGGAAAGCCCAAAUGAGAGAGUCCGGAAUAGAAAUACCAAUUGUAAGGACGAAAAAAAUGGCCGAGAGUACAUGUAAACAACGUAUUGUAUUAGAUAUGUCAUACGAUGACUUGAUGUCUGAUAAGAUAAAUUAUUUAGAGAACUCAUUUGAUAAAGAAUUCCAGAAAGAAGAAAUUGUUUAUUUGACCAGUGACAGUUUGAAUGUCUUAGAAAGUAUAGAUGAAAACAAAGUGUACAUAAUUGGCGGUCUGGUUGAUCACAAUUCUUGCAAAGGUGCAAGUCUGAAAGUAGCAAAUGAUCUGGGUAUAGCUCAUGCUCGAUUGCCAAUCGACGAAAAUAUCAACAUGCAAACUAGAAAAAUUUUAACUAUAAAUCAUGUUUUUGAAAUAAUUUCAAAAGUGGUGUCUGGAAUGUCUUGGAAAGAAGCAUUAAUAAGUACAUUGCCAAAAAGAAAAAUGUUUUCAGCCAUAGACGAAGGAGACCUUUUGGAAUAUGAAAAUUGUUCUCAAGAAUAUAAACCAAAAGAAGAAAUUGAAUGUUCAGAAGCAGAAAAAAAUGAAAAUGUUUCAGUUAAAAAUGUAAUAGAACAAAAUGUUUCAGUUGAAAACUAAAUAAAUAUAUUAUUUUAA